GUAACGUCAUGAAAUGUCGUUAAAAGGCUCCAUUACUCAUCUAUUAAAACGCCUCUGCUUGUUUAUUUCCACCGCCGUGAUCAUCCGCGAGCGUCGUGAACUCCGCCUCGUCCCUCGCUUUUCUCAUCUUAUGCUGUAAGUCUUUUGUUUAAGAGACGGGGAUCAUUUCACAACACUGCACGUUUCAAUCGAUUUCUGCUGCCACCGUGCUCAGAGCAGCAGUGCUCAAUUAGGCUACUGGGAAGACUUUUCCUGCAUGGCCCUUCGCCCACGUGUUUGCGAACCAAAGCUCUGUUAAAGUAGACUACAGGGUACACUAUUCUGAACUGGCCGUCGAUAUGCUCGAACUGGACCAUCGCCUCGCUCCUGACACUCCUGCAUCCCUACCGACCAAUCAGAGACGCGGCACCGUCCCGCCCCUCCCGAUUCCUUCAGAACACGUGAUCCGAAGCGGUCUGGAAACCUGCCGCUCGCCUUCAGUGCGUUAUUGUGGUUCACAGGUACAGAGGAAUGGCCCUCCGCGAGACUGACAAACUCAAGGCUCACCGAGAGCGCACGGAGUGAGGACGGAGGACAGUCUCUCUAACUGGCGCUUCAGUGGAUGUUGUAACUUCGGCAUGUCACUCGAAUGGGAUAUAUGAUUUUUGCCCCAUUUGUGUUUCUCAAAAACACCCCUUGCGUCUCUUUAUUUUUGCCUUGUUUCCUGAACAUCUCGCUAACCCACUCUCCUCCCGAUACCAUCCCCUCCCCUGUCAUCGCACCCAGACCUCUCUCAUUCCGCAUCUGCACCUUAUCGCUUCGGGCGGAUCCUUGCUCUGGUCAUCCAGAAACAACUGCUUCAUGGGGCACACUCCUUUCAUCGGAAAAUGUCCCUCUCUUGGCUCCUAAGCGCACCGGCAAAGUUGACAACAUUAGGACCAGGGCGCGUCUGUGAGCUGUGUCGGGGGAACUGAGAUGGGUGUCUCGGUGGCGGCGGCCCUACACGAGCCCCGAAGUCCGCACCAGUGGAGCCGGAUAGUGGGACAUUGGGUAUGGAUUGCAGUCUUGUCCUUUCUCGCCACUUUCCCGGUGCAACAACUUGGCGCUUUCCCAUCCUCUCUCAGCGACUGUCAGACUCCAACUGGAUGGAAUUGCUCGGGGGAUGAUGACCGUGACACAGAUCUCUUCCUUUGUGACACCAACACUUGCAAGUUUGACGGCGAAUGUCUCAGAAUUGGGGACAUAAUAACAUGUAUAUGCAACUUCAAGUGCAACAACGAUUAUGUUCCUGUAUGCGGCUCCAACAACGAAAACUAUGAAAACGAGUGUUUUCUGCGGAGAGAUGCCUGCAAACAGCAGACCGAGAUCCUGGUGGUCUCUGAAGGAUCCUGCCCAGCCGGUACGUUCAGUCGUGGGUUUGAUGCUGGUUCAGGAUCAGGAGAUGAAGCAGGGAACGAGGGUUCGGCAGAGAAUGGACAGAAGGAGACGUCCACCUGUGACAUUUGCCAGUUUGGGGCAGAGUGUGAUGUUGAUGCAGAAGAUGUCUGGUGCGUCUGUAACAUCGACUGCUCCCACAUCAGUUUUAACCCCGUGUGCGCAUCAGAUGGCCGUUCCUAUGACAACCCCUGCCAGGUAAAAGAGGCAUCGUGUCAGCGGCAGGAACGAAUCGAGGUCAAGUUCCUGGGUCACUGUCAGGGCGACAUGAUUACAGGCACCAAAGCAGGCGAUGGGCAAUAUGCCAGGACAGACUACACAGAGGAGAAGCCUGAGGUUUCCGAGGUGGCGAGAGGGUUGUACAUCCCUUGCCCUGAGCACUAUAAGAACUAUUGUGUUCACGGAGACUGUGAAUAUCCCAACAUGCUCUCAACACCGUCCUGCAGCUGUCACUCAGGAUUCAGCGGUCCGCAGUGUGACACUAAGGAGUAUAAUGUGCUGUAUGUGGUGCCUGGCUCUGGAAAGCUCCGUUACGUCCUCAUCGCGUCUGUCAUUGGGGCUCUGCAGGUGGCCAUCAUAUGUGUAGUGGUGCUGUGUAUCACCCGGAAGUGCCCACGGACCAACAGAAUCAACCGGCAGAAGCAGAACACAAUGCACUACAACUCUGAAAACACCCUGCGCGCCUCCACCCGCCUCAUUUGAGCGCCGCGACCGCUCGUGAGAAGAGAAUCGUGGGAAAUGUAGUUUGGACAGAGGACAGAAUAUAAAAAAACUCAAUCUCCGUCCUCAAAGAGACACUGCAUCCUGCUGGAUGAUGGGAUGGAGGGACGGAGGAUGAUGGUGCAGAUAUAACGGAGGACGAUGGGUUCUACACACGAUGCCUUGCACCUGUGGCACAGGAGACAAACAGAGAAUUUUAGGACACCAUGAUAGGACAAGUCCUGUUAUUUGGUUAUGUAUGGGUAAUAUUUCCAAUAGUUAAUUUGUUUGUCUUGAUGGGGUCCUUUUUCUGUAAUGUAAAUAAAUAAUUUAUAUCACAAA